CUGGUAUUAAACCGCUGUGCUAACUCCCAGACUGCUUUCCAGACACCUCCAACCCACACAGCCCUUCACCCCCGUUUAUUCAGUCCUGGAAAAGGAGUUCUGUCUGUCCUUAGGAUGAAGCUUUCACUGAACUGAGGGAAGAGGAAACAGCCCUGAAUCCUUGGAGGUCUGUCUGAAUUUGGGGCCCUGCACAAGUACAAGCCUGGUGGAAAAAAGUUAACUGCUCCUGCUCCCAGCAGGUCCUGCUCGGCUUGCAGCCUGGGGAAAACCUGUGAGCCUGAGUGGAAGUGCCUCGCCCAGACGUGCACACAUCCCUUUUAGGCAAGCCAGCUCCACGCCCUGGAUCAGAGAAUUACUCUAGCUGCACCAUGAGCCGAGUUCGAGAUGCUGGCUGCGUCGCCGCGGGGAUAGUGAUUGGAGCUAGUGCCUGGUACUGGUACAAAUAUGCCAGGGGAAGAAACCAGACAAAGAAGAGAAUGGCCAAGCCCAAGACCAGGGCUGUGGCUGGGACUGGAGCCAGGGCUAGAGCCGGACUAAGGGCCGGAUUCACCAUUGACCUGGGGCCGGGAUUCGGUCCUCCAACCCGAGUCCGCACUCGGGCAGAGGACAGGGCCCAGGAUGAAGCCUCUGCUCUGGACGCAGCUGGAGCUGAGGCAGUGGCCCCAGCUGCAUCCAGUGCUGAGGCUCAGAGUGGGGCCGGAAAUCAGGUCCAGGAGGCAGAAGGGGCAGGGGUUGGGCCUAGGGCCGAAACAGUCGCCGGGGCCACAGCGGCUUCCUCAAUGGCACCACCCCCCGGGGAGGCAGAGGCUUUCGUGGCUGCAGCGGCCCCCACAGUGGCGAGGGCCCACAAGCUGCCGGAAGCCCCUGGUACAGCAGAGGCUCCCGGGGCGCCCGCGCCUACCGAGGCGGCAGCACCUACAGAGGCUGCGGAGGCUCCUGUACCCGCAACCCCUCCUGCCGCGCCAGUGCCUUCUGGGGCAGCAGUGCCUUCCGGGGCUGCAGAGGCUCCUGGGACUUCAGGAUCCCCCAGAACAGCAGCACCCUCCAAGAAAGCGACCCCCGGGGCUCAUACCGGCGCUAUACCUAAAGCCGGGUCAGCGACUGGAGCUGUACCCAAAGGUGGAGCCAAGGGAACCGGGUCUUGGACUGGGGGCAAGGGCAAGGGCAAGAAAAACAAGGUGGAAGUAGAUGAAUUGGGGCUGGGCUUCCUCCCUGGGGAUGGGGCUGCAGCGGCUGCUGCAGCCUCUGCUAAUGGGGGACAGGCUUUCCUGGCAGAGGUCCCUGAUUCUGAGGAAGGGGAGUCCGGAUGGACUGACACAGAGUCGGAGUCAGACUCUGAGCCUGAAACCCAGCAAAGAGGGAGAGGGAGGAGACCUGUUCCCAUGCAGAAGCGCCCCUUUCCUUAUGAAAUAGAUGAGAUUCUCGGUGUCCGAGACGUCAGGAAAGUCCUUGCUUUGCUUCAGAAAUCGGAUGAUCCUUUCAUCCAACAGGUAGCUUUGCUCACUCUGAGCAACAAUGCCAAUUAUUCAUGCAACCAGGACACAAUUCGCAAAUGGAGAGGCCUCCCAAUUAUUGCAAACAUGAUCAACAAAACUGAUCCCCACAUUAAGGAAAAAGCCUUAAUGGCCAUGAAUAACCUGAGUGAGAACUAUGAAAAUCAGGGCCGACUUCAGGUAUACAUGAAUAAAGUGACGGAUGAUAUCAUGGCCUCCAAUUUGAACUCAGCAGUACAGGUAGUUGGACUAAAAUUUUUAACAAACAUGACUAUUACCAAUGACUACCAGCACCUGCUUGUCAACUCCAUUGCAAACUUUUUCCGUUUGCUAUCUCAGGGAGGUGGAAAAAUCAAGGUUGAGAUUUUGAAAAUACUUUCGAAUUUUGCUGAAAAUCCAGAUAUGUUAAAAAAACUGCUCAGCACCCAAGUGCCAUCAUCCUUUAGUUCCCUUUAUAAUUCUUAUGUGGAAUCAGAAAUUCUUAUUAAUGCCCUUACUCUGUUUGAGAUCAUCUAUGACAAUCUCAGAGCAGAAGUAUUCAACUACAGAGAAUUCAAUAAAGGUUCCCUUUUUUACUUAUGCACUACAUCUGGAGUGUGCGUUAAGAAAAUUCGAGACUUAGCCGAUCACCAUGACCUCUUGGUAAAAGCGAAAGUUAUAAAACUAGUGGACAAAUUCUGA